CACGUGAACUGGCGCUCCAGCGAGGCCAAGCCCGAGUUCUUCUACAGCGAGGAGCAGCGGCUGGCCCUGGAGGCCCUGGCGGCCCGCGGCCGGGACGCCUUCUACGAGGUGCUGAAGCGGGAGAACAUCCGCGACUUCCUCUCCGAGCUGGAGCUCAGGCGCAUCCUGGAGACCAUCGAGGUGUACGACCCGGGCUCCGAGGACCCGCGCGCCACGGGCCGCCCCCGGGGGCCCGAGGACACGGAUGGAGGGGUCGGGGAGGGUGGUGGUGACGGCGACGGCGACGGCGACGGCGAGGAAGCCCACGUGCCAGGCGGGGCCCCCACGGAGGCCGAGCCGCUGCCCUCGCUGGAGUACUGGCCCCAGAAGUCCGACCGCUCCAUCCCUCAGCUGGACCUGGGCUGGCCGGACACCAUCGCCUACCGCGGCGUGACCCGGGCCAGUGUCUACAUGCAGCCCCCCAUUGACGGGCAGGCCCACAUCAAAGAGGUGGUGCGCAAGAUGAUCAGCCAGGCCCAGAAGGUGAUAGCCGUGGUCAUGGACAUGUUCACUGAUGUGGACAUCUUUAAGGACCUGCUAGAUGCCGGCUUCAAGAGGAAAGUGGCCGUGUACAUCAUCGUGGACGAGAGCAACGUCAAGUACUUCCUACACAUGUGUGAGCGGGCCUGCAUGCACCUGGGCCACCUCAAGAAUCUCAGAGUGCGGAGCAGCGGAGGAACUGAGUUCUUCACGCGGUCGGCGACCAAGUUCAAGGGCGCCCUGGCUCAGAAGUUCAUGUUCGUGGAUGGAGACCGAGCCGUGUGUGGCUCCUACAGCUUCACGUGGUCAGCUGCACGGACAGACCGGAACGUGAUCUCUGUGCUGUCUGGCCAGGUGGUGGAGAUGUUUGACCGGCAGUUCCAGGAGCUGUACCUCAUGUCCCAAGGCGUCAGCCUCAAGGGCAUCCCCAUGGAGAAGGAGCCCGAGCCAGAGCCCAUCGUGCUGCCCUCUGUAGUCCCCUUGGUACCCGCAGGCACUGUGGCCAAGAAGCUUGUCAACCCCAAGUAUGCACUGGUCAAGGCCAAGAGCGUCGAUGAGAUCGCCAAGACCUCCUCUGACAAGCAGGAGGCCAAGAGGCCGGCGGGGCUGCGGGGCCUGGCGCUGGCCGAGCAGCCGGGAGACCUUCCUGAGUUGCCGCUGCCUGUCCACCCGGGCCUGCUCCACCUGGAGAGGGCCAACAUGUUUGAGUACCUGCCCACGUGGGUGGAGCCCGACCCCGAGCCCGGCAGCGACAUCCUGGGCUACAUCAACAUCAUUGACCCCAACAUCUGGAACCCCCAGCCCAGUCAGAUGAACCGCAUCAAGAUCCGUGACACGUCCCACGCCAGCACCCAGCACCAGCUGUGGAAGCAGAGCCAGGAUGGCCGGCCCCCCCCAGAGCCCUGCCCACCCCCAGAGCCCAGUGCCCCCCCGGACGACAUCCCAGCCGAGAAUGGCCUCCCCCAGGGGGACCCUGAGCCACUGCCCCCUGUGCCCAAGCCCCGGACAGUCCCUGUGGCAGACCUGCUAGCCCAGGAUGGCGGUCUUGUUGGCUGGGCCCCAGAGACCCCAGACGAGGAGGUGCCCCGGAAUGGGACAGGCCACAGGCUGCCCAGGACGGCGGGUCCUGGCCAUGCCCGGCUCCAGCGACAGCUGUCUGUGAGCCGGGAGGACCCUGAGGACCUGGGGGCAGGGAUCCCCAAUGGGCUGGAUGGGGAGGAAGAGGAAGAUGAUGAUGACUAUGUGACCCUCAGUGACCAGGACAGCCUCUCGGGCAGCUCCAGCCAUGGCCCUGGCCCCCGGCGACCCUCAGCGGCCUCCUCUUCUGUGUCAGAUGAGUACUUCGAGGUGAGGGAUCGCUCUGUCCCCCUCCAGAGGCGCCACUCAGAGCAGGUGGCCAAUGGGCCAGCCCACCCGCCCCGCCGGCAACUCAGUGCCCCCCACGUAACCCGAGGGACCUUUGGUGGACCCUUGAGUGGCUCUCUGUGGGCCCGGGGCCAGGGGAGAGAAGAGACGGGUGCAUCGAGGAGGAUGCCGGCCCAGCGCCCCACGGAUAAGGAGGCACAGGGCCAGCAGUUCCAGCAUUAUAGGGUCCCUGCCUCAGGGACCAGGGAUAAAGAUGGCUUCCUGGGGCCUUCCCGGUAUCGCCCUGCUGCUGACGGCGCCCAGAGGUCUACUAGGAAAGCAGGCCCAGCCAUGGCAGGCCCCCCUCACUGGCAGGCCAAGGGUGGCCCGAUACCCCGUGCUCUUCCAGAUCCAGGGAGUCCAAGGCCGACCCGAAAUGCCCGCCCCCUGGCCGAUGGCAGGACCACCGAGGAGCAUCCAAGUCCCUUCGGAAUCCCAUACUCCAAACUGUCUCAGUCAAAGCACCUAAAAGCCAGGACCAGCGGCGGCCAGUGGAACUCCUCUGAUUCUAAACGGAGGCCUCAGGCCCCCCGGGACCACAAGGACCCCUAGCAGCCUGCCCCAAGCCUUCCGAGGCCUCUGCCCCAGCCCAGACUCGUGAUGUGGGAAGGCAGGCGGGCCGCCUGGACCCACCCAAGCCCUCCAGGGUGGCUGGAAGGUGAGGUGGGCGGGCGACAUUGGCACUCACCUGGUCGGUGCACCAGUACCAGGUGGCCAGGAUGGUCAGGCCAAAGGUCAUCCCGGUCCACGGUAGGUCCCCUGUGUGGGGGUCUCGGAACAUGUGCAUGGCGUCUGCGCGCGGCAGGUGGCAGGUGGUGUUGGCGAUGGUCCUGGAGGGGAUGGCCCGGGCGUAGGCUGCCUCCAGCUGCCCGUAACCGCCAAUGUGGUUGAAAGCUGGAGGAAUCAGGGUGGGACAGGGACAGUUUGGUGGCCGGGGGGCCCUGACCCACGGGCUCCUGGUGACGUCAUCUCACAAGUAACUUCCUGACGCAUC